AUGAUCCUGGCCGGCAUCCUGCCCAUCCCGAUCGUCUUCCUGCUGAGACGGUAUCAGAUCCUGAAGCUCGACGUCAACAUCCACGAAGCGUCGAUCAGAAGGAUCGACACCACCGUUUCCACCAAGGAGAUGAUCACCGAUGUCGAUCUGGACGAUGACGACGAUCUGGGGGGGCCGUUGAAGCCCUAUACUGGGGACUCGGACUCAGAGGACGAUGGGCCCCAGCUGAACCCUUCUUUCGGCCGCAAAAUCCGAAUGGAGGUCAUAGACGAUUUUUGA